UCAAUUCCUUCAUUUCCUUUAUUUUUAUUUCUGAAUUUUAAGAUUUUGAUACCAGUGAACUAAGCUGUAUUUAAGUACCAUGGGACAUUAUGGUUAUGUUCUGAAAUUGAAUGAUUCCCUCUAGAGCAACUUAGAAUCUACUGGGAAAUAGAAAAACCACCAAGAAUUAGCUAGAUUAUAUAUAUACAGCCUUCAUUCAUCUAUUCACACAAUCAACAAAUAUUUGCUGAGUGUAUCUUAUGUACUCCACACUCGGUUAGUUACAAGAGACACAAAACAAAGUUGACUGUAGUCGUCUCAAAAGCUUAGUUUAUCUGGGUAAACAGACAUUUAAACAGGAACUGAAAUAACUAUAGGAAGUGCUAUGCCAGAGGAAAUACCAGGUGCUGUGGCAUUAAUUAAUAACUUGCAGAUACACCAAUAUGUAGAACAGAUUACUUGAAUGAUUGAAAUCCUUGAAUCAAGAUGAAGCUAAUCCAGGAAGAUGUAUAAAGUGUUAGUUUUAAAUAGUGUUUUGAAGGAAUGGAGAGGUGAAUGACUAGAAUGAAAAAACUUCCUGUCUUCUUUUUUUGGAAGGUUAGCAUAAAGCUUUAGCUAGUAUUGAGAAUCAGCUCUAAUGAACAAUCCUAGCUCAUCUUUUAGAAAUGGUUUUCAUUUUUGCAUUUUUCCCUUUGUUGGUUGUCUUAACUCAGUCUGUUCUCUCCUUUGCCAUUUCAACAAUAGUCAUCAUCGAUGAACUUUCGUUGAGUUUGUGCAAGGCAGUGGGCUAAGGAGGAGAGAAAUAGGAAGAGCUGAAAAUGGCAAAAAUAGAAGCAGAAGAUCACCGAGAAGCACUAUCUCAGCCUUCUUUAUCCCCGUUGACUAAAACAAUGGAAGUAUUACAGCGAAGUAGCCCUGAAGGCACCUUGGAUGAGAAUACUAGAAACCCAAUUUACAAAUAUAUUUUGAAUGAUUUACCAAGAGAGUUUAUGUCAUCCCAAGAAAAAGUAGUUAUUAAAACUACUGAUGAUUAUUUGCAGCCUCAGUUUGGCCCCAACAGACUUGUGCAUUCAGCAGCAGUAUCAGAAGGGUCAGGACUUGAAGAUUGCUCUGCACAUCAAACAGCAUCAGAUCACAGCCAUGAUGAAAUAUCAGAACUACAUAGCUACAAAUCAAACAGUAAAAACAAUUCUUGUUUUAUAUCAGCAUCCAAGAGAAACAGACCUGUCACUGCUCCAGUGGGUCAAUUGAGGGUUGCAGAAUUCUCUUCUUUAAAAUUUUGGUCAGCCAGGAAUUGGCAGAGAUUGUCUCAAAGACACAAACUUCAACCAAGAGUGAUUAAAGUAACAGCUUACAAAAAUGGAUCUAGAACAGCCUUUGCCAAAGUUACUGUGCCAACAAUCACCUUGCUGCUGAAAGAGUGCACAGAAAAGCUGGAUCUGAACAUGGCUGCAAGACGAGUGUUCUUGGCAGACGGCAAGGAAGCCCUCAAACCUGAAGACAUACCCCAUGAAGCCGAUGUUUAUGUUUCAACGGGAGAGCCCUUUUUAGAUCCAUUCAAAAAAAUUAAAGACCAUCUGUUGUUAAUGAAGAAAGUAACUUGGACAAUGAAUGGGUUGAUGCUUCCUACUGAUGUCAAAAGACGGAAAACCAAGCCUGUUCUUUCUAUUAGAAUGAAGAAACUUACUGAGAGGACCUCAGUCCGAAUUCUGUUCUUUAAGAAUGGCAUGGGGCAGGAUGGACAUGAGAUUACAGUGGGAAAAGAAACGAUGAAAAAGGUUUUAGAUACUUGCACAAUGAGAAUGAAUCUAAAUUUACCAGCCAGAUAUUUUUAUGAUUUGUAUGGCAGAAAAAUUGAAGAUAUUUCAAAAGUUCCUCUGCUUGAAAAAUGCCUGCAAAAUUCCAUCACACCUUUGCGGGGACCACUUUGGGUCUCUAAGGGAGAGGGUUUCAGCCCCUCAGGAGCUAAGAUGUACAUCCAAGGAGUUCUUUUGGCCCUGUACCAACGAUUAAAGUCUGCAAAAAAAUAUUAUAAACAGGUGAGUCAUCCCUUUUAAAAAAUUGCUUUAUUAUAUGUUUUAAAAAUGUACUUGGUUGUAUAGAGGCAUUGAUUGGCAUUGUGUCAUAAAAGAACUAUGACAUGUAUUUUGUGAGCUCAGUGCCCAUUAGGGAGCCAAAAAUACUGCUUCUGUAAUCUCAAAGCGAACAAUAAUGGAGCUAAUUGUAUCUGUCUUUUGGUAUAAGAUGUCAUAUGUCUCAUCUUUUCUUGCAGCACAUACUGGGCAAAGUGAAGUCAACUUUUUAUAUGGAAAUUCUAUAGAUGAUUACUUUAAAUAUGAAAAUAAAUAGCUCCUAAGUCAUUUGAAGGUUUAAAUAUUUAGCCUUCUAUCUUUUUUCCAGUAUAAAAUCAGAUUUAUGGGGACUAGAAUAAACAAAUCACAUUCUGCGAAAUGAAAUCAUGAAUCAACUUCAUGUCAAAAGUAACUUAAUUUAACCUUAUUUAACUUGUCUGUUUCAGGAGCCAUAAGUAUAGAAACAUAGUUUAUUUGAGUCAGGUUAAAUUGGAUUUUGUCCUUUAAUUUCUGUGUAUUCAUUUCAUAUUUGUAUGUGUGUGUGUAAAGGCUGAUAUUUUUAUAACCAUGUAUUAGGACUUUUGAUUUAUCUUAAAGUAGAAUUCACAUUGUAAAGCAGAAUAAUUGAUGUCAUUUAUAACAUAAAAAUGGAAUUGGCACAUUUAAAGAAAUCCUUUUUGUACUUGGUUUUAAGAAUUGAAACACAUAUUUUUACCAAGUUAAAUAAGGACUAGGUUUACAUUUUGAACUGGGAGGUUCCAGUUUAGAAUUGGGCUCAUUAUCUGAGACCGCAGACUGCUGAAAAAUGAAUAUUGUGAAAGCAUCAUGCUAUUAUUCUCUGCUUGCAGGGAGGAAGGGGAGGUGGGAAUGGGAAGUCAGUCUUAGUGUUCACACAGCACCUCCUGCUGUCUCGUUUGGAAAAGAACAACUUGUGUGACUGAAAGAAAGUGUUGUACUAAGGUAUCCACACCCAGCAAAAAACAUCUUCUGAUGAAACUUUUGUUUCCAAAAUGUGUUUGGUUUGCCUUGUUAAUUUCAGCAGAUCCAGAAACAGGAUUAACAAUAAGUCUAUUCAUAAUAAUACAGUGAAAGAAAUAAAAAUCCAAACUAAUGUUCUUUAUUAAGCCACUAUAUAUAAAAACCUAGUAUAAAAUAUUUUAUUGCAUUUAGGUUAAAUGAUUUUGGUUAAACUAUUAUUUACGUUUUAAGAUAUCAUGAUAUUGUAAGAUGAUCAUGAUGAAUUGCAUUACAAUAAUUUAUUUGGAAUUAUGUGGUUUGAUUCCACUUAUUGAAAUUUAAAAUUAUUUAAUGUUAGAAGAAAUAAUAAGACAAUUCUCCAACUCAAGAAAAGCACUGUUUAAAUCAAAUAUAAAAACAAACCUAAACAUUUUCUAAGUUUGGGUGUUAGAAAUAAGAAACAUCCCAGAAAGCAAUGCCAUUUUUUUCUUCUGCUGUCUUAAACAUGUAAAAUUUAAAUAAGUAUAAAUUGCUAUACUAGAUUUAAAAGAGCUCUGUUGCAUUGUAAGACAAAAAUGCUUUCAGGAUAAAAAUUUCUUUAUGACUCAAAAUUGAUGAAAAAUUUAUUUUAUUAAAUAUUAAAUUAUGAACAAAAUUUAACAUUUUAGUGUCUCUAUAAUUGUCUGUUUGGCCACUCUAAAGAUUUCAACAUUAUGUGAAAUUUAAGACUAUUUUGAAACUCACACUCUUUGCCAUUUCUAC